AUGAGUCAUAAUUCGGAGUCAGAUGGAGAGUACGAGGUGUGUAAUCUCCGUUCCAAUGAUGGUGCUUUGCCCUUCAAUCCGUCAUGUAUUGAGGACAUAAUUUUAACAAUAAGCGAUCGUUUUAAUUUUCGCGUGGUAAUGAACGAUAGCAGAACGAAAGGCGCUUUGCUGGUUACUGCAGGUUUGACCAUUGCAGGCGGACUGAUAGGACGUCACUACGGAGGGAAAGUUGGUGCCGCGGUUGGUGGUACCGUUGGUGGUGCAUUAGGAGUUGGGUGUGUCAUUAUAUCAAUGAGAAGCAUAUGGAACGACAUCAAAGAGAAAUUGUCGGAAUUGUUUGAAAUUGUCUACGAUUUUCUGGCUGGCUUGGGCAUAGACGAUUACAAGAAUGCCGCCAAGUUUUUGACCCAAAACGGUUUUAAUGCACAACUCGCUAUGGUCAUCCUAGAGACUGCAUCCACCAUUCUUGGCAAGCAGAUACUUUCUAGUCUAACUGCUGCAUGA